AAAAAGAUUAUAUUACAAAACUAGAAUAAAAGGGCAUAACGAAGAAACGUGGACACAUGGUUGCAUACGAAGAUACUUCUCUUCUAAAGAUCCCCUUCAUCUUUACUAGAAUCUUUCCUGUUUCUCUAAUCAUAUCCAUAAACUAACUCUCUCUCUCUCUCUCUCAUAUAUACAGUGAUGAUAUGUACUUAUAUAUAUAAGCAACCCUGUUCGCUUCACUAAAUUACAAAACCAGGAAAGAAGAAAAAAAAGUUUUUUUUCGCAUUUCUCCUGUGAUCUCUUUCUAAUGGAGCAAGAACUACCUUUUAGUACCAGAACCAAGCCCAAGCUACUAAACCGACUCAACGCUUACGUCGGUUCAAGCCGAGUUGGCAAACGGUUCAAACUCGCCGAACGGAAUUCAACUUUCACGACGGAGCUCCGCGCCGGUACGGCGACUUUUCUCACCAUGGCCUACAUCCUCGCCGUGAACGCCUCCAUCUUAUCUGACUCCGGCGGCACCUGCUCUGUUUCCGACUGCGUUCCCCUCUGCUCAAACCCAACGAUCCCACCUUCCCAGUGUACCGGACCGGGUGUCCGACUCAUCCAACCGGACGUAACGUGUAAAUUCGACCCGGUUAACCCCGGUUACGCAUCGUGCGUGGAAGGAAUCCGAAAGGAUCUAAUCGUCGCCACCGUGGCGGCGUCUCUGAUCGGGUGCGUGAUCAUGGGGCUGAUGGCGAAUCUCCCUCUAGCUCUAGCUCCGGGGAUGGGAACAAACGCGUACUUCGCUUACACCGUCGUCGGUUUCCACGGAUCCGGUUCAAUCUCGUACCAAACCGCUCUCGCCGCGGUUUUCAUCGAGGGAUUAAUAUUCCUCUUCAUCUCCGCCGUAGGCUUCAGAGCGAAGCUAGCGAAACUCGUCCCUAAACCGGUCAGAAUCAGCUCCUCCGCCGGAAUCGGACUCUUCCUCGCCUUCAUCGGUUUACAGAACAAUCAAGGACUCGGUUUAGUCGGUUACAGCCCUUCCACUCUCGUCACUCUCGCCGCGUGUCCAACCACGUCACGAGCUUCGUUAGCUCCCGUUAUAACGUCGGCUAACGGAACCGUCAGUUUGAUCCCCGGAGGAUCCGUUUCGGGAGAUAUCAUGUGCCUCCACGGACGCAUGGAGAGUCCCACCUUCUGGCUAGGCAUCGUCGGGUUCGUGAUCAUCGCCUACUGUCUGGUGAAGAACGUGAAAGGAGCGAUGAUCUACGGGAUCGUCUUCGUAACGGCCGUCUCGUGGUUCCGUAACACCGAGGUAACGGCGUUUCCCAACAACCCCGCGGGAGACGCGGCUCACGAGUAUUUCAAAAAGGUCGUUGACGUCCACGUCAUCAAGCACACGGCGGGAGCGUUGAGCUUCUCGGGGAUAAGCGAAGGGCAUUUCUGGGAAGCGUUAGUGACUUUCCUCUACGUGGAUAUUUUGGACACGACGGGGACGCUCUACUCCAUGGCGAGGUUCGCCGGGUUCGUCGACGAGAGGGGAGACUUCGCGGGGCAGUACUUCGCGUUCAUGUCCGACGCGUCCGCGAUCGUGAUCGGAUCGCUUCUCGGAACGUCUCCGGUGACGGUUUUUAUAGAGUCGUCGACGGGGAUACGGGAGGGAGGGAGGACGGGGCUGACGGCGAUCACGGUGGCGGUUUAUUUCUUACUGGCGAUGUUCUUCACGCCGCUGCUGGCUUCGAUUCCGGCGUGGGCGGUCGGGCCGCCGUUGAUACUGGUGGGGGUGAUGAUGAUGAAGUCGGUGACGGAGAUCGAUUGGGGGGAUAUGAGGGAGGCGAUUCCGGCGUUCGUGACGAUGAUUAUGAUGCCGUUGACGUACUCGGUGGCGUACGGGUUGAUCGGAGGGAUAGGGACGUAUGUGGUGUUGCAUCUGUGGGAUUGGGGAGAGGAAGGGAUGGUGAGAUUAGGGUUUUUGAAAAGGAAAGUUGAAGAAGAGGAUAACAGCAAUGGAGUUGCCAAAAUUAGCGAGACUCAUACGUCCGUUUAGUUUGUUUGUUUUUUUAAUUCUUCUUUUUCACAUUUUUGUUACUAUUGAUUUGUACAAGUGAGUGAGUGGAUUGUUUAUUUGUAUCUCUUGUAGAUUUUUAAAUGGGAAAGUGUAAAAAUGGGGGGAAAUAAUCUCGACAAGACUUUUCAUGUUCAGAAAGAAAAUUAUAUAUUAGGAUAGUACAGAAAUAAAUACUGUAUAUGAAUACUCCAAUAGUUAGUUUUGAAAAUUAUAUAAUGGAAAGUUGAGUUUUGGUUUUUGAAA